AUCUUGAAAAUGUUUCAAAAUGUGUGUUUUAUAUUCGAUUUUAAAAUUUAGUAAAUUCGCUAUUCACCUACAAAGACUUUUUAUGUGAUCUCAUAUCUGCAUAGGUAAAAACCUGCAGAAAGAGUUGCCCUCGUGAUCACUGGCAACUAUAAUUUUUGUAAGAUUUUGUUUUUAAAUUUUGAACUGGAAGGCUUUUACCUAGCUCCGAAAGUGAAAUCUACUGGCAUGGGGCGAAAAAAGAUUCAAAUAUCAAGGAUUACAGAUGAACGCAACCGACAGGUUACUUUUACCAAAAGAAAGUUUGGUUUAAUGAAGAAAGCUUAUGAAUUAAGUGUCUUGUGCGACUGUGAGAUUGCUCUAAUCAUAUUUAAUAGUACUAAUAAAUUAUUUCAGUAUGCUAGUACUGAUAUGGACAAAGUUCUUCUCAAGUAUACAGAAUAUAAUGAACCUCAUGAAAGUAGAACUAACAGUGAUAUUGUUGAGGCUUUAAACAAAAAGGAGCAUAAAGGCUCUUCCAAUAGCUGUGAUAGUCCUGAGCCUGAUAUGGAACAGUACUCUAUUACUACCAGAUCUGAUCCUAAAUAUCAAAAAAUUAAUGAAGAGUUCCAGUUGAUGAUGCAGAGAAACUCACAAAUAAAUGGGAACACCAGGUGCCCUCAGGGAACUUCCGUUGCUUCAGAAUUAUCACCUCUACCAGUUACUGUGAGUUAUACACCUGAACCUAACACACUUGAACAUGGUCCACCAUCUGUUAGUCCACAGCCCACUCAAUGUGGUAACUUGCUUGAUGUUAGCAGAGGCAGCAAUGGCUACCAAAGAGGAAGUUCUCCUUGUUCAAUUCCUGGUAGCAUUUCCCCUGAUGGUAGUGUAGACGGAAGACAUAGUCGGCAACCUUCCCCUGCAAGGCCGAAUUUUCAUGUCAUCAUCCCUGCUGCCCCUCAUUCAUCUUCUCCUGUGAAUACUCGCUCUACCCCAUUAGUAUCAGUAUCUACUCCCAACAAUGUGUCCAGCUAUCCGUCCAAUCUUUCUUCUUUUAAUUCAAGUGACUUCCAUUUAAGCCCAGAAAUAGGGCUUAGUACCAACUUCACUUCUUCAAAUUUUACUCAUAAUUGGUCUAAUUCAGCAAAUUUGAGCAACUCUAACUCUCUCCACAUCAGCGGGAACACCAUGCCUCACUUGACUCUUAAUUCCAACAGUUCCCAGUUGUCACCCCUCUCGAUGAGGAUCAAAAGCGAACCUUGUUCAUCGCCCAAUCGCAGGCCUCCUUCUGUGCAUGGGAACGUGUCUCCUUGUCACACUCUCACCCAUUCUGCAUCUCCCUCUCCUGACCCACCAACUUUGGACUAUGAGGGCAAUCUUGGCAAGCGUCAGAAACUCAGUACUGAUAAUUGGGGUACAUAGCACUGACAGGAUACGAAGGACUACAGCAUUGCUUGCUGUUUGUAAUCCUGUCUAGUUUUAUUGAAUGUAUAUAUAUACAUAAACUACAUAAGGGUACAUAUGAGAGAGAACCAGUCCUUUAGCAAGCAUGGACCCUUUUCCCUGAAGUACUGUAGCUUGGAGACUUAUACUAGACUCAGCCUAGUGCAAUUUGUAUGAUUAU